UGAGCUUGGUUACCCAGACCUCAUCCAUUUGCGUUGCUUCUUACUUACUACUACUAGUGUUGUCAUUUUGUUAAGCAUUUCUUGCUUUCUUGCUAUGGAAAUUCUUCGAACUUCAUUGCUUCCUGGUAACCCCGUACUCAUUGAAACCUCUCUCUCACAAAAACCCAACAAUUCCCACAAACCCAAGUUCACAUUUCAAGCUUCCAUAGACACAACCAACGGUUCUACUGGCACCACACUCUCAAACCAAGCAAACCCACAAACCCAUGUCUCUUUUGCCUCCAAAAAGACCACCAAGCUCAGCAAUAACCCAAGAGCUGAAACCAAUUCUGAAAUUGGUCAUUGCAUUUCUUUACUAAAGAGUAACCCUGUGUGUGACUGUAGACAGAUUCAUGCUCAAGCUCUGAAGUUGAACGCUUUUGAAGAGAAUGGUUGGAUUGGAAACAAGCUUGCUAUGCUAUACUCGAAGAAUAAGGAGUUCUUAGACUAUGCCCGUAAGUUGUUCAACGAUAUUCCCAAGCGAAAGAUUCCCGUUUACACAUCGUUGAUAAGUGCUUAUUGUCGGUCAGAGCAGUGGGACGACCUGUUUUUGGUGUUUAGGUUGAUGGUUGAUGAAGGCAUGUUACCUGAUAAAUAUGUUGUACCUACAGUUCUGAAAGCGUGUGCUCUGGUGCGGAUGUUAAGGACUGGUAAAAUGAUUCACGGGUUUGUGAUAAGGAUGGGUAUGAACUCUGAUGUUUUUGUUGGGAAUGCGCUUAUUGAUUUUUAUGCCAACUGUGGGGACUUUGGAUUUGCAUUAAGUGUGUUUGAUGCCAUGGGGGAAAGAGAUGUAGUUUCAUGGACUGCCCUUGUUUCUGCUUUCAUGAAUGAAGGCCUUUUUGAAGAGGCAAUUGAGGUUUUCAAGUCCAUGCAGCUGAACGGGGUCAAGCCUGAUUUGAUUUCUUGGAAUGCACUUGUAUCGGGGUUUGCACACAAUGGAGAGAUUGAUUUAGCUCUUCAAUAUUUGGAAGCAAUGCAAGAAGAAGGGUUGAGGCCGAGGGCUAAUACUUGGAAUGGAAUCAUUUCGGGUUGUAUUCAGAAUGAGUAUUUUGAGGAUGCUUUGGAUGCAUUCUAUAAUAUGUUAUGUUUCCCCGAGGAUCCAAAUUUUGUUACAAUUGCAAGCAUUUUACCAGCUUGUGCAGGCCUAAAAGAUUUAAACUUAGGCAGGGCUGUUCAUGGGUUUGCUCUGAAGCGUCAGCUUUGUGGAAACAUGCACGUGGAAGGUUCGUUAAUUGAUGUGUAUUCAAAAUGUGGGAUGAAAGAUUACGCAGAGAAUAUCUUUUCCAAGGCAGAGAACAAAAGUAUUGCUAUGUGGAAUGAGAUGAUUGCAGUUUAUGUAAAUGCAGGAGACGCAGAGAAGGGAUUAGAGCUUCUUAGAGUAAUGCAUCAUGGCGGCUUAAAACCUGAUGUGGUAUCUUAUAACACAAUAUUGGCUGGCCAUGCCAGAAAUGGGCAAAUAAAUGAGGCAUAUGAGUUGCUUUAUGAGAUGGUCCGGAUGGAGUUGAAGCCAAAUAUUAUUUCUUUCAACGUUUUGAUUUCUGGUUUUCAACAAUUUGGGCUUAGUUUUGAAGCUUUGAAAUUGUUCCAGACCAUGCAAUCCCCAUUGAAUGGUUGCAUGGGUAAUGAUGUGCUCCAUGAGUCAACCCAACCAAACUCCAUUACUAUUGCUGGUGCUCUUGCGGCUUGUGCUGCUCUGAAUCUACUAUGCCCAGGGAAGCAAAUCCAUGGAUACGUGUUAAAGAAUGACUUUGAGCCUAAUAUCUAUAUCUCAAGCGCAUUGGUUGACAUGUAUUCAAAAUGUCUUGAUAUUGUUUCAGCAACUAAAGUAUUCAGGAGAACUGAAGAUAGAAACACAAUCUGUUGGAAUACUUUGAUUGCAGGCCAUGUCCACAACAUGCAGCUGGACCGAGCUCUUGAACUUUUCUGUGAAAUGCUGGAAGAAGGUCUUGGACCCAGCUCUAUUACGCUUAUGAUACUUCUCCUCACUUGUGGUGAUAUGGAAGCUCUGAGAUUUGGAAGAGAAUUACAUGGCCAUAUCAUAAAGAGUAAGCUCGAUCAAUCUAAUUAUGCCCUUGCAAGUGCCUUGAUAGGCAUGUAUGCUAAGUGUGGUAGAAUCAAGGAUGCCAAAUCGCUGUUUGACUUUGAAGUUAAAAAAGAUGCUUCUGUAUGGAAUUCCAUGCUAUCUGCUAAUUCAACUAAUGGAAUGGCCAAGAGGGCCCUUGCCUUGUUUGGAGAGAUGGAGUUAGCAGCGCCUGUGCCUGAGAUAUAACUUGAGCUUGUGAUCAUGAUAGCUUAGUGGAAGAAGGAUAAAAAUGUCUCAAAUAAUUAAAUAAUAAGUUUUGUGCUCUUUAUGGUGCUAUAUGAGCUUCUCUUUUUGGCAUGUGGAUUGUUGGUUAUUCGGGUAGUGCCAGUUUACUUGAUGAGGCUCUUGACUUCAUCAGACAAAUGUCCGUGUACCUGAUGUUUUUAUACAAGCUACUCUUCUACUAGCUUGUGGAGUCAGGAGUCAAUUGAAAUCCAAAUAUUGUAGAAUGGGCUGCAACAUAUUUUGUUUCAAACUCAAACCAAAUAAUGUUCUCAGUGAUGUGUUUCUCUCCACUAUUGGUCGCUUUUGGGAUAUGGGAAUCCAUGCAGAACUUGAGGACUUUCAUGGAGGAUUGCAAUUUGAUGACUCUAAAAGAGUGAAGCUUUAUAGACGUGGAUACUAAUUGCAUACAUUUGAGGGGACAUAUCACAUUCCAAGUUGGAGGAAACCGUAGAAACAUGGGAGAGGUCAACUGGAAAAUUGGAGGGUGGUGGGUGACCUCCCCAUAGUCAUGUUUUGGAGAACAAAAAAUGAGCUGAUGAGAACGUUCCCUUUGUCUUGCAUGCACACUGAAAGUUUGUUGACAACAUCUCAUUCAGAUGCUAAUUUACAUAUCUAAGAAUUUGUUGUCUCUACUUCCAUAGAUCAGCCAAAGUUGUAUAAGAUUGAUGAGUGGGUGAUCUUUAUGCUUCUAUCACCAUAUGAAGGAUGAGAUGUGUAGAUGCCAAGUUUACCCAAAUCGUAAAUUUUGGAAGUCACUUCCCGACAGUGAUGACAUCAGAGCUGGAGUUAAAAGAGCCUAUGAAGAAUUUUUUGUCUAAGUCUCUAAAUGCCAAACUAGCAAAAACAUUUGGGUAGCCACAAUCUCGUUUCCUUCGAAAUUGAACUUGCUGUUUGAUCAAGGGAGAAUUCUUCUGCAGCAUGUGCCACAAACAACAAGAAAAGGAAAGUGGUUUUGGUUAUUUUUAUUCCUACAAAGUUGCCGAAAAUGUGACCUACCAAGUUGGCUCUUGAGGAGAUCUUUGAAUGUAGCAUGUAACAGGUUGUAAGGUCAGCGCAUAUAUCCACUAGGAGGCACUCAUCAUGACUUUCUCCCAGUCUUUGGAAGGUGUUGAUGUCCCUGAAGAAGCAAGACCACAGAAAAGGUAGUGUAGGCUUUGCUGCUGGGGAUAAUCUUACAUUACUCCUAUGGUCAAGAACUAUUUGCAGGCUGAAUCAAAAUAUUUAUUUAUGCUCUCGCAUUUAUCAGUAGCUCUACUGUUUAUGGCCGAAUUCUAAUCAUGGCGUGGAUCAGGACCACCAGGACUCCUUCGCUUCGACACAAAAUGCUGUCCAACCUGCCUCUCAAUGCUAGCCUUAAGCACUUCUUUAGCACUCUCCAUCGCUGUCCGGCUGUUACCCUUGUUUGAGUACGAGCCACAAACACGAGCUUCGUUAUUCUGAAGGGAAAGCAAAACAAGAAAAACACAUAACCAGAGUUUCAUGCUACCCAUUAUCAAUUUGAAGUCUCAAUGUAGGAUGUUUGGACAUAUAUGUAUAUAUAGACUAUCAUUCCUGUUAUGAUUUGAUAAUUAAAAGUGAAUGGAAUCAAAUGUGGGAUUAGUUUGA